AUGCGUAAAAUCAAAGGGGACCCGGCAUCAGCGAUUGGCACCAACUGUGGAGAGGGCACAAUUACUGCAGCGGAGGUCGUCGCGAGCACCGCGUUCCCGGCGCGUGCCGAGCCCGCUACGUACCUUAAAAUACAAGAUAAUCUGCACUCGCGAGAUCCCGCGUUGCCACGCCGCGAACGGAAGGAGCCAACGAAAUUACAUUCAAUUACGGGGCACAGCGCGCGCGCAUUCCGCGGCGGCAAUAAAGACGGGGCGGCGUCGGGGGGGGGGGGGGGGGGGGGGGGUGCGUUGCGCGCG